AAAGAAAAAAAAUUGAUGGGGCGGAACCCACCUCGCUCAAAACAAAACUGUGCGUUUGAGGUGAUAGCAGCGCCAUUUUGUUCGGAGAGUUUUGAGUUGGAAGACAAACACCUGCUGCCGCCUCCUCAUCUUGUUCAGCUCUGUGUUGCUUUUGACGAAUCAUCAUGGCCCUGCAUAACCUACCAUUUAAAGUUGGACAGGACAUAGAAUCGAGAUCCUUUCUGAAAGGCUAUCGUGGUGCGUGGUUCCGAUGUAAGAUAAAAGAUAUUGGCUGGAGAAAUGGUCAGCUGUCGUGUGCUUUGGAAUAUUAUGACUUUCCAGAUGAAAAAAUAACUUGGGAGAAGAUAUAUCAAAACAACCCUGCUGAUGGUAAAAGGACAAGAAAGGGGAAGACAUUGAUGAUACGUCCUCCCUUUCCUCCUAUCUAUCGUGAAAGUAAAAGGCCUGAUGUCAAUACCAUAUUGGAAGUGAUAGUUAUUGUCAAUGAUGCCUGGAAAGUGGGAGAUUUAGUUGAUUGGUGGAAGGAUGGUUGUUAUUGGUCUGGAAAAGUAGCACAAGUAUUAGGGGAUGAAACAGUGAAGGUUGAGUUGCCACGUCCUCCUGUUGGUGAAGGAGUUGAAGGAGAGAUGUAUGAGGCUUCUUACAAGGACCUGCGCUCAUCCUUGGAUUGGUCUCUAGAAUAUGGAUGGAAAGUACCUACACCCAAGGAGAGAGAAAAUGGGCAUCCUUGUGUUCAAGUAAUUAAGCCUGAUAAUCAAGGAGACAUUCCAAGUGUGGUGGCCCAAACUGUAGGUGAUGGAAGAAGAGAUGUACAGGCAAUUGCUGGUGCAGACCAAUCUUUAGCAGCAAAGGACCCAGCCACUGCAGAAACAAAUAUGGAGUCUGAUGUAGCAGAUAGCCUUUUUGGGAAGACGAGUUGCUCAGAUAGUGGUUCAAGUUCGCAUGUGAAAGAUGCAUUAAAUAAAAUGGGGGGAACUGCAAUUAGGAUAGACAUAGUUGAUAACGAUAGGUCCUUGAAGAAGAUGAAAACUGACGAAGGCAUAAUAUUGAAUUCGAUGAGCUCUGAUACAUUAGAAGCUGCAAUUUUGGACUUGGAGGAACUUGUUAACCGGGUUAAAUGGAUGAAAGGUAUGUUGGAGACUGGAAUGCCUUUGACAGGUACCAUGCGCCCCCAUUGGAAAUUUCUUGGAAAUCAUACCACGUCCACGCCAAGUGAAGGUUUUCACUAGUAAGCCAAUUGGAAGGCAGGAGAAAACUGGACAUGACAAUACUUCAUCUCUGUUCAAUCUAGUAACUUCUAGAAUUACACCUUUUCUGAUGGAUUUUGUGUAUACCUCUAUAGUUGGAGAUUGAUGAUGCUUUAUCAUCCUGUUCCAGCCCAAGAAGGCAAGGAGCGGCGGAGCUAUCGGGAAUGAGCGAUGUAAUUUGUUUGUCCAGUUUCUAAAACCUGACAUGACGAAAGCUUUCCUUGCCUUGGUUACUCAGAGUGGUCGUGUAUAGGCUUCCAUUCUAUACAAUUUACUCCUGUUAUUGUUUGUAUUUUAAGUGUCACAUUGCAUGUUUUGCGUCUGAAGUUCUGAACUGACAUCUUUUAAGUGACAAGGGCCAGGCUUCCACUUCGUAGUGAACUGAAAGUUGUAUCUUAAUUAUUAUAUCCAUCAUCUCAAGUUCUCCAUUGCUUUCUUUGUAAAAAUGUAAAUACUGAGACACAAUGUGGAGUUCAUGCAUGGAUUUUCGUA